AUGAACACAUACCACGCUGCACAUUUGUCCUCCGAUCCUUACUACUCCUCCUCGUCGAGGAAGACAGUCGUUACAGAAACACCCACCACCAAAGGGUCAAGCAGAUUGGUAACGGGCAGCAGCAGCGAUCUCAGGACUCCUGGACAUGGGAGGAAAUUCUGGACCGCAAGGGACCCUGAGCUCAGGCUGGGGAAUAUAGCCGCCCCAAGGCAGAGCUGGAGGCAGCGAAAGCGGAGAGGCGGCGGUAUGAGGAGGUUGGAAGCCCGAGGCAGCCCCAAAAAUGUGCGCAGGCAUAGCCCGGUGCGGUACAUAGCAGCGCCUCGUAUCGGCCGGGCUAGAGUGAGCAUCGAGCCAGGUGCCAUGAAGCCAGCUCAGCGCAUCUGGUCUCCAGCGCGUUUCCUCGGGCCAGGGUACAUGACACCAGCCCCACGCAUGGUGUCCCCGGUUCGCCAGCACAGCCCAGUGCGGGCUAUUCCACCUCACCGCACUGGCCUGGCUACGGGGAGCAUUCAGCCAGCUCCAGUGACUCUGGACCCCAACACUUCCCACCCACAUCUCAUCCUGUCUGAUGAUCUGACCAGUGUGAGAUACAGUGAUGAGAAACAGCAGCUUCCUGACAACCCAGAGAGGUUUGAUGAGGAAGAAACUGUCCUGGGUUUUGAGGGUUUUAACUCAGGAACACACAGCUGGGACAUUGAUGUUGGGGAGAAUAUAUACUGGUACCUGGGUGUGAUCACAGAGUCUGUCCAGAGGAAGGGAGACAGUGGAUAUUGGGAUGGAUCCUGGGGUGUGUUGUUUGGUGGUGGUGAUUAUAAAACACAUGUACCAAAGCAGCCACUCACUCCCCUCACAGUGAGACAGAAUCCCCAGAGGAUCAGAGUGCAGCUAGACUGGGAAGGAGGAAAGCUGUCCUUCUCUGACCCUGUCAAUAACACACAUCUACACACAUUCACACACACUUUCACGGAGAGAGUCCUUCCAUUCAUCUGCACUGGCUUUUGUCCCCUCCCUCUCAGGGUUUUACCAGGGAAGGUGUCUGUAUCAGUGGAUACUGUCUCUGUCUGAAUCAGGGACUAACAGGAUGUAAAUGAGUCAGUAACACUCACUGAUGUCCUUCAUUAAGAUUCUCACAGAGGGAGGACACACUGUGAUGUAGUAGAGGGGACCUUCGUCCAUUAACUCAGGAGCACACAGCUGGGACAUUGAUGUUGGGGAGAAUACAUUCUGGUGCCUGGGUGUGACCCCAGAGUCUGUCUGGAUCUUCCUCCAUUAAGAACACUCCUGCUGAAACAUUUGCACCUGUCAGAAAAUCGUCACUAUUAUAAUACUCUAUCACAAUAAUCACUGUUAAUAUUACAAUAAUCAUUAUUCAUAUUACAAUAACAAUUAUUCAUAUGACAAUAAUCACUAUUAAUAUUAGAAUAACCAUUAUUAAUAUUACAAUAAUCACUACUAAUACUACAAUAACCAUUAUUCAUAUUACAAUAACCACUAUUAAUAUUACAAUAAUCACUAUUAAUAUUACAAUAACCAUUAUUAAUAUUACAAUAAUCACUGUUACUAUACAAUAAUCAAUAUUAAUACUAUUUAUCUAACACUUUCACCUGUCAGACAAUAAUCUCUAACAUCUGAACAAGUUUCCCAACAUUUUAGUUGUGUGUUAACAGAGAUUGGUCAAACAGUGGUAGUCAUCACUAUUAUAGAAUAUAAAUGUCACCUGUUGGUUGUUGGGUUUUCUUUUUACCACAUUUGGAUGUUGUCACUGGUUAUGUCAACACUGGCAUGUAUCCCAGUCAACUUGGGCUCCCUGAAAAACAUUUGCUGUACAGUGUUGUGGCCUUGGACCAAGACUCCGUUAACUAGCUUAUUAACACCAACACAUGUAACACAUGUCUAUGGAUUGUAACACAUUUUCAUCAAAUUAACAUGUUAAAUUAUCUCAA